CCGGCGGCGGAAGUGGCUGCACCGGGUCGGCCAGGGCGAACCGGCAGGAGGAGGCUUUCGGGCUGCAUGGCGGGAGCUCCGGCCGGCGGCGAGCCGGGCCCUGCGGCGGGCGAGCCACUGCUGCAGAGACCCGACUCCGGCCAGGGCUCGCCGGAGCCGCCGGCCCACGGGAAGCCCCAGCAGGGCUUCCUUUCCAGACUCUUCACCCGAAACCAGAGUUGUCCGCUCAUGCUCCUGAAGACGCUGGAGACGAAUCCGUACGUCAGACUUCUACUUGAUGCUAUGAAACACUCGGGUUGUGCUGUGAACAGAGAGAGACACUUUUCCUGUGAAGUCUGUGACGGAAGCGUCAGUGGAGGCUUUGAUGCGUCUACGUCUCAGAUUGUUUUGUGUGAGAAUAAUAUCCGGAAUCAGGCGCACAUGGGCAGGGUCGUCACCCACGAGCUCAUCCACGCAUUUGACCAUUGCCGGGCUCACGUCCAGUGGUUCACCAACAUCAGACAUCUGGCGUGCUCCGAGAUUCGAGCCGCAAGCCUCAGUGGGGACUGCUCACUUGUGAACGAACUCCUCAGGCUGCACUUUGGAUUAAAGCAACACCAUCAGACUUGCGUGCGGGACAGAGCUGUUCUCUCUAUCCUGGCUGUCAGGAACAUCAGCAGAGAAGAGGCCCAGAAGGCCGUGGACGAAGUCUUCCAGUCCUGUUUCAGUGACCGCGAGCCCUUCGGCAGGAUCCCACAUAACAAGACGUACGCCAGAUACGCUCACAGGGACUUUCAGAACCGCGAUCGCUACUACUCGAACAUAUGACGCCGGUGGCCGUCUGUCAGGACCGGGAGGGACCUGCGGUUCUCCGGCACAGAAUGAAUAACAUGUAAACCGAUCAGUUAGGUUCUACCAUAAAAUGCAGAACGUGCUGAUUUUAGCGUAACAAAGAAAUAAACGUGGCAGAGAGGAACCCUUUAAACUGCAAGGCAGAAAUGGGGUCUUUGUAGCUGAUCAUUUAGUAAAAAAUGGUAAAUAAAUUACAUUUUUUUGUAUUUUCUACAGUA